AUGGCUGGCAAUGACGAAGACUUCUCUUCUUUGGACGCAACGAUGAUCAACAAGAACGACAUCACUCUCAUUGCUCCUCCACUCAGCAACACUACUUCAAAUCCUCGCUGGGAAGAGCAAAAUGGAUUAGAUCUUAAGGAGUUGGAGAAACUAAACCUUCUUCGUGAAACAAUUCAUAUUAAAGGGUUGGGUAAAGUCAUUGAUCCUACAAAUGUUGCUACAAGAAUUUUGAAAGAUAAGAAGUAUUUGGAAGAAAUAGAUAUGACAUUUGAUGUUGAAAGAAUUUAUGGUGGAUCAAUAGCUGAAAGCAAUGCAUCUGUCUUGAAGGCUCUUCAACCAAAUAGUAACUUGGAGAUGCUCACCAUUAGAGAGUACAGAGGUAAUAACUUUUCAAAUUGGGUAAGUGGUUGUCAUUUACCCAACUUAGUAUAUCUUAGAGUGGAGGAUUGCGGAUUAUGUUCCCAUAUGCCACCACUUGGGCAGAUCCCCUCUCUCAAGAAGCUUCAUAUUUCAGGCUAUCAUACAAUAAAGAUCAUCGGAAAAGAGUUUUCCAAUAAUAACUUCAACUAUCUUGAAUCUUUAAGGUUUGAGAGGAUGAAGAAUUGGGAGGAAUGGUUAUGUAUUGAAGCAUUUCCUUUACUUAAAGAGAUUUAUAUACAUGAGUGUCCCAAAUUGAAAAGGAUAUCACUGCCUAAACACCUUCAUUCAUUAUAG